ACCAGCCUGAGGGCUGGCAGAGCUCGAAGGCUAGUGUUUGAACCUCUGAGUCAGCCGAGCAUGAGAGUUUGAGUCCCGAAUAGCCAGUGGUGAAGCUGUCAUGGUGGCUGCGGUAACGAACGUGAGAGUCAGCGACAGAGAGGAACAGUCAUCAGGAACGGUUCUUCGGAAAAGCCAGGAGCUCUGGCAGAUCAAGGAUAGGGUGAAGGGCCAGUGCCAGCUUCAAAAAGGUGAUGAUGAGGUAUUGAGAGCUAAUGAUGUCGACCUGAGAAAUAGACCGGAUGACACUCACAUUUCAAGGGGUGAUAAUGAUGUUAAUGAUGAUGAUGAUGAUGAUGUUAAUGAUGAUGAUGAUGAUGUUGAUGAUAUUGAUGAUGUUGAUGAUGAUGAGGACGAUAAUGGUGAUAUAAAUCGUCCGAAUCAGAUGACUGGGGUUUACGAUAAUGAUGGUGAUAAUGGAUCAUUGGGAUCGUUGGAAUCAGCUCAAAAUGAUGAUGAUGAUGAUGAUGAUGAUGAUGAUGAUGAUGAUGAUGAUAGUUGGAAUGAGAAGAAUGGGGAUGAAGAAAGGGGAGAUGAUAACGCAGGUCUGGGCAGUACAGUCUAUUGGGAUAAGAAGAAAAGUGAAGACAGGAGAGUGGAUUUCAAACCUUCCAACGACACGAAAGGCAGUGAGCACGCAGAGAGCGAAGACAACAGUGUUGAAAAAGCUCAUCUCGCUCCUCCUCUGGCACCGGCUUCAAGUUGGCGAAGACGCGCGAAUCUUUGUACCAUAUCAGUUAGUCAGAGAGAAAGAGAGCCGAACCAGCCAGGCGGAGGAAGGGAGGAGGAGGGGCGCGGCGGGGGGAGAGGAGGAGGGACGACGCAGGCGAAGCACGAGCGAGACGAAGCAUCUCGCGCCGCGGCCGCCAUGGCUUCGGUCACCUACAAGGUCGCCCAGGAUGGCUCUGGGAACUUCCGAUCUGUCCAAGAAGCAGUUAAUGCUGUGUCGGAGAACAACCGCAAUCGAGUGCUCAUUUAUGUCAAAUCCGGUGUGUACCACGAGCCGGUGUACAUCCCAAAGCGGCGAUAUCACAUCAUGCUGAUUGGAGAGGAUGCCCACACGACCGUCUUGUCGUACGACAACACAGCCACGAAGAUCAACCAUCCCUUUGGGGAGAACGUCCGCGGGAAAGGCACCUUCGGUUCUGGUUCUGUGAUCGUGGAGGGCGAUGACUUCGUCGCUCAGAACAUCACGUUUGCCAACACCGCGCCGCAGGGAUCGGGACAAGCUGUGGCGUUGCGGCUGUCGGCGGAUCGCUGUGCGUUCUACGGAUGUCGGUUCCAUGGCUGGCAAGACACGCUCUACUUGCACCGAGGUAGGGUGUACAUCAAAGACUGCUAUAUCGAGGGCAGCGUGGACUACAUAUUCGGUAAUGCGGCAGCAUUUAUAGAGAAAUGCCACGUGCACAGCAAGUCGGACAAGGGUUUCGUGACAGCUCAGCAGAGGAGGGAGCCGUCGGAGGCGACGGGAUACGUGUUCCUCGACUGCGUGUUAACGGGAGAUAAGAAAGGGAGCUCCUACUUAGGACGGCCAUGGGCUCCUCAUGCCAGAGUACUCUUCGCUCGGACCUACUUGAGCGAUGUCGUUCAUCCUGAAGGCUGGCAUAACUGGGACGAUCCGCAGAAGGAGAAGACGGCGGUGUACAUGGAGUGGAGAUGCUGGGGUCCAGGAGCAGAUAGAUCUGCCAGAAAGAGAUGGAGCCGCGAUAUCAGUGACCAAGAAGCAGCGCAGUACAUCAAGCGAUCCUUCGUCGACGCCGAGGGGACAUGGUUGAAAACCUUGCCGGAGAAAAUACCCAGCUCGGCGUUGCACCACAACUUCCUCAAGUGAGCUCGGGGACCGCUCACCUGUGCCUCGGCUUCACGGCGCCGCCGCCCGCCGCCCGCCGCCCGCCGCCGUCGAUCAUCCUCCUCAUCCACGUGAACACCCAUCCACGGCCGUCGUCGUUCAUUCUAAUGGAUCGAUACCUCUCGUCGUCGAUGCCAGCCAUUGUACUGCACCGUUGCGAUCAAGGACGUUCUCGAGACUCGACCGCCAUAUCUACACUCCACCCGACGCGAUCCGAGCUCGCACACACACAGUGUCACACAGUCGCGCUUUUUUUGGGUGGAGUUGUGUAUAACGAACAUGACAACACACACACACACACACACACACACACACACACACACACAGAGAGAGAGAGAGAGAGAGAGAGAGAGAGAGAGAGAGAGAGAGAGAGAGAGAGAGAGAGAGAGAGGUUGUUCGGUGCACCCCUCUCGUGCAUUGUCUCUGUCUGUGUCUCUCUCGUUCAUUCGACGCCGUGUACUCUCGAGGUCGUCAGGCUAAGUUGCGGCCUCGUUUGUACUGUCAAUCUUCGGGAUCGCAUUGGUUCACAGCGCAAUGCUGAUACGGUCUGUCUGCUUAUCCGUGAGACUUUCUUCCUUCCCUUUUCUCUCUUGAUCAGCUGCUAGGAUGUCAAUGCUACCCAUUGCCAUACUGAGCACAAUCACGUUAACGCUGCAAAUGACAUUUACACGCCGUUUAAAUAGCUUGGUAGAUAGAUAGAUAGAUAGAUAGAUAGAUAGAUAGAUUGGUUAAAUUAGUAAUAAGAAAGGACUGCCAUGUUGCAUUUCGUUGCAGUCACUUGUUUAGGAUCAAAAUUACCAAAUUACCCCGUCCCCGUCACGGGAGUCGAUGUGGACCGAGAGCCUCGAGAGGAGGUGAUGUGCAAGGCCGUGCUUCAACUGAGAUAAUGCAAUAUAUCUCGCUCCAAAAUGUCGGUAUGAACUGCGUUCCGGUUUUUUUUUUUGUUUUUUUUUUUUUGUUUUUUUUUUUUUUUGGACCGUUUCUCGAUUUAUGCGUGUCAGCUCUUAGACUCUUGGACGCUCGAAACGCACUCGGCACUUCGCGUUCUCCGUUGUUGCCGACUAAAGUGCUGCUGCUUUUUGUCGACCGUUUUUUUUGGCGGACGGGGGCUUCGCUCCUCGAGUGGCGUCAUAACGUCUUCCGUUUCUGUUCUGGAUUUUUUUUCUAGUUUUCUUUUCUGUGGGCGAUUCUGAGAUCGGCGUGUUUGUUAUUGGAGGGUUUAGUUCGUUCUCCAGCCGCCGCGAGUUGUGAUAUAAUGCGAGCCAGCGUCUGGCGCGCUGUUCUUAUAGCGCCGUCCCUGUCAUGAUUUCAUUAGCCGAGAUUGAAGGGUGAAGGGGAGAGUGGUCGUUCUUUCUUUUCAGCGAUGCCAUGUAUUAGGGUUCUCGAGUCGCCGAGAGUCGCCGAGAGUCGCCGAGAGUUGUGAUUGAUACCGAGGCAUGGAAGCAGCUUCAGGAGAGUUGUUCUUGUGGCGGUCGGUCACGAUUUCUUGAGCGGAUGGAGUAUUCUCUCGAGUGGUGUUGGGUUCUCUCAAGUGACGUAAUCGGAUGAGUACUGGCAUCUCCGUAUUUACACGGAAUGCGAGUGUUCGUAAAGAUGUCACGAGAAAAAAAAAAAAAAAAAAAAAAAAAGAGAGAGAGAGAGAUUGGUGACCUCGGGCGGAUGAGUUUCCAAUUCAAAGCAAAAAAAAAAAAAGAGAAAAGAAAAAAAGCGUGCCAUCCUUUAAUCUUCAUUCUCUGAAAUCGUGACAGACCGCCACAAGAGACGCGGAAAAAAAGAAAAAGCGUGUCAUCCAUGCUAAUCUUCAUUCUCUGUAUCGUUCCAGUGUUAACGGAUGUCCCCAAAUUUGAAGGACAAUUGCGUUCCGUUUUGAAGAGCGAGGAGGGGAAGGGCUAUAAAAGGCGACAAGAUAAAUGAGCGAAAUAACG